CCCACUUCGCACCGCACGGUCGUCGUAAUACUUCGGUCAUAAACAUGUCAAAUACCAAUCGAAAUGGCACUCGACGAUACACGAACGAUAAAAUAAUCUAUGAGAGUGUAAUGCCUGCUACACACUAUCGGCGAACACAGAGAGAUGCCUAAGUGAAAGAACGAACAUUGGGUAGUUUGUAUGAGAGCUUUUAUUUACUGCAAUGAAAAACCAGCAAUUUAUGCCGAAUUCGCCAAGUUUGUCGAACUUUUCAGCUAUAGUGUAUAGUCGGUCAUAGUUAUGUAUGUAGCGGACACGUAGUGGACUAGCAAUACUGCUGAUAACACUUAACAGUGACCCUGUUGGCAUCGAGACCUAACGUGCGGUUUGUUGUCACAGAUUUUAAAAGAUGAUAGGUGCUUACCUAUUCUAAAAUUCAUAUGUAUGUAGAGACACAAUGCGACCCGCCAUCUUAGUAACGGGCGGUGCGGGUUACAUCGGUUCUCACACGGUCAUCACCUUGUUAGAAAGAGAAGAGGAAUACAGCAACUAUGACAUUGUCGUCGUGGACAACCUUAGCAAUGCUUACAAUAGAGCGCCGAACGAGAAGAAACCAGAAUCGUUGCGAGUGAUAGAGGAUCUUACAAACAAAAAUUUACACUUUUAUCCCUUGGACAUAAGAGACGCAGAGGGAUUGAGCCGAGUGUUUGAAAACCAUAAUAUAGACUGCGUUAUCCAUUUUGCUGCGUUGAAGGCGGUCGGGGAAUCCGUUGACAAACCGCUCGAAUACUACCAGGCGAACAUCACGGGCACCGGUACCCUGCUGGAGGUGAUGCGCAAAUACGGCGUAUAUAAACUAAUAUAUAGUUCUUCGUGUACCGUGUACGGGGAGCCUGAGAGGUUGCCUCUAGAUGAGGGGCACCCGACUGGAAGGACGCUGACCAGCCCCUAUGGGAGAUCCAAGUACUUCUGCGAGGAGAUGAUGAAGGAUCUGUGCACUAGUGAUAAGAAUUGGAUGGUGAUAUCGCUGCGUUAUUUCAACCCAGUCGGCGCGCACAUCAGCGGCCGCAUCGGGGAGGACCCCAGCGGGAUUCCUAACAAUCUGAUGCCUUACAUUGCACAGGUAGCAAUAGGUCGCCUGAACGAACUAAAAGUGUUCGGCAACGAUUACAAAACGUCAGACGGGACCGGUGUCCGCGACUACAUUCACGUGGUGGAUUUAGCAGAGGGUCACGUGAAGGCUAUCAAAUUGUUCCAACAACACGGUUUUGGUGGAUUCCAUGCUAUUAAUUUGGGCACAGGCACGGGUUAUUCAGUCCUUGAAAUGAUAUCAGCUUUCGAACGCGCGAGCGGUCGGAAAGUUCCGUACAAAAUCGUCGGGCGCCGGAGCGGGGACAUAGCUGCGAACUAUGCGGACGUCUCGCUCUCGCACAGGUUGCUGGGGUGGCGGGCGAUAAGGACGCUAGAUGACAUGUGCAAGGACACGUGGCGAUGGCAGAGCGCGAAUCCUAACGGGUUUAAGAAAGUUUAGGUUUGACUUUCUAAAUUGGUACAAAUAUUUUUUUUUUACAUUUGAUUUGAUCCCCGCAAGGGUUAUUCUUAAACACCAAUCUCUUAUGACUAGAUAUCUGACAUCAUCAACAACUUUUGUUCUAAGAGUUUUGAUAUAACUCAAUACAUUCGAUAAAAAUUAUAUUUUUUAAGUUAUUCUUGUCCCGUCCUUACAUUAGUACCUCCAUGCGCCUUCGCGUUAGCGCCACCGUGCUUCCUCACCCGCCCGCCUCGCCCGCAAUCCACAUUGAGUGUUGAGCAUCAAACGGAUAAUUAAAGAUUUAUUUUUGUGGAAGUAAAAUUUUACAAAUUAUUAAAACUUGUAGAACAAAUGUUUGUGAUGUCAGCAACCAUGUAAGAAGUAUACUGACUAAAACAUAUUCAUUAUUGCUGACUGAAAAAUUCAAAUCAUAUAAAUAUAUUUGUACCUCAUUUGAUAUCAUCUGCCUGUGCAUUUAUAUAUAUAUUACGUUGAAUGUUACAUAGUUUACGUGCAUAAUGUUAGAAAUAUGAAUAAAAAACUACUAAAGUUGUUUGAAUAAAUUACAUAAAUGUAUAGCAUUGCUACAAACCAAAUAAUGUAUGAAUAAUAAGAAUAUUUGGGUUCCUAGAUUAUGUUAGUUUUAUGUUUGAUACUUUAUUUGGUGCUUUUACAUUUGAAACAAGUUACAUCUUGAUCCUGUAGGGUAACUUAUUUGCUCUAUUUCAAAAGACCUUAAGAAAUUAUUCCCUAAGACCAGAUUUUAUUUUUCAAAAUAGUCUUUAUUAUUUUUAGUUUUAAAGAUCUAUCGAUCUACAAACAGUGCAUUUAAUUUUUAAUAUAGGGCCUAUUUCACCACUUCCUGAUUAAAUAUCGUAUUGUAAACUGACAGAUAAACUAACUGA